AUGGGCGGUGGUAUGCUCAGCUUCCGCAUUAAGGGUGGCCAGAAGGCUGCACACGAUUUCUGCAAGUUUACUAAGGUUUUCACCCUCGCCGAGAGUCUCGGAGGUGUUGAGAGUCUGUGCGAGGUGCCCUCCAGCAUGACCCACGCUGGCAUCCCCAAGGAACAGCGCGAGGCCGCCGGUGUCUUCGAUGACCUUGUGCGCAUGAGCUGUGGUAUUGAGGACUCUGCGGAUCUCCACGCUGAUGUGAUGCAGGCUCUCAGCCUGGCUGCUGUGGCCCAGAAGGCUUAA